AAAAAUGCGCAACGAAAAUGAGAGCUUAUUCAGUUUGAAUCUUUCGCGCAUAUUAAACGGUCGAUACGGUUUGAAUUGAAUUUAAAGCAAAAAACUUGAAGUGAUUUCCACUUACGUACUUAUAAAUACUGAUAUUCCAGUGUAGAGACCAACAAAGCCUCAGCUAACUUUUGUACGUAAAUAUUUUCUUGCUCAAGUAGUUUAAGAAAGCAUUUCAAACUGGUAUUCUAUCUAAACUGCAUCCCCGCCUGCGAUUUUUUAUAGAUAACAAACGUGAUGUACAACAACAAAAAGUGAAAAGUGCUAAAAUAUCAAAUUUGCAUAUAUAGCAUAAUGAAAAAUAUUGGUAAAUAUAAAAAAGCCAUCGAGAAAGUGUGCUAAAUUUAACUUGAUUUGCCACUCUAUAAAUCUGGUAUUUAGCGACAUUUUAUAAAUACUUAUACGUACAUCAAGUGUUGUGUAAGUUAAUUGUUUCCUGCUCCGAAGUGACAAUCGCCGAUUUAGAUUUUAUUUCGUGGUUCUACUUCACCGGCUCUGUUUAUUUAUUUCAUUUCAAGUGUUGAGUGAAACUGCAGUUCAGCUGAAGGUCGAAUAAGACAUUUACGACAUUGCUGAUACGGAUACUGUCAAUUUAGAACGGAAUUGAAGUGACGUUAAAAUCGCAUCCAGAAGUAGAUACCGAAAAAUAUAUACCUAACGCCCGCUGAAAAUUAGGAUAAGAAGCAAAGAUGAAGUCGAAAUCUGAUUUGGAUCAUUCAUACAUAAAUCAAGCUAUCAAAUGUUCCUCGAUUAGUAUAAUAGGCGAUCCAGACGCACCAGCAGCUCUGAAAGGUUCAAAUGAAUUCAUAAUGACAGAAAAUGGGAGAAAGACAAUUGCACCUAAUAGUCGAGUAGAGAUUGCAAAAGCCUGGAUUAGAAGGAAAGCAAAAACUGCCUGUUCAGAGAAAAUGCUUCACAGAAGGAUACCAAUUUUAAAUUGGUUGCCAAAAUAUAGUUCAGAUGAUGCAGCUGGCGAUUUAGUUGCUGGAAUCACAGUAGGACUAACCGUUAUUCCUGGAGCAUUGGCUUACGCUGGAAUAGCAGGAGUACCGGCAGCGUACGGUCUCUAUGGAUCAUUUAUUUGUUGUUUCCUCUACAUAUUUUUCGGUAGCUGCAAGGACGUCCCUGUGGGACCCUCAGCUAUUGCCUCAUUGUUAACAUUCCAAGCAGCACGUGGAUCGUGGCAAAAGGCUGUGCUAUUAUCACUUCUCUGCGGAUCCGUGGAACUCCUAAUGGGAUUAUUUGGACUGGGAUUUCUAGUCGACUUCGUCUCAGGACCUGUAUCAUCAGGCUUCACAUCGGCUGUAUCAUUGAUUAUUCUCACUUCACAAAUCAAAGACAUCCUUGGUGUACCGGCAAAAGGUUCGACAUUCCUACAAAUCUGGAGUGAAAUAUUCAAGAACAUUAAUGAGACUAGAGCCUGGGAUACGGUGCUCGGAAUCACUUGUAUUGCAGUAUUAUUAAUAAUUAAGAUAGUGUCAGGCAUUAAAGUUGGACCCCCAGAAGAUGAGCUUCAAACUAGAAAGCAUAAGAUCAUCAACAAAAUACUUUGGCUAAUUGGAACCUCAAGAAAUGCAAUUCUGGUUAUCGUUUGCGGUGGCCUAGGGUUCGUUUUCCAUAAUGCAGGAGGGGCUCCUUUCAAACUUAUCGGCGAAGUUCCUCCUGGCCUACCAACAUUCCAAUUGCCACCAUUUUCAUUGUCUGCUAAUGAAUCCUCAACUGGAAAGGAAGAAUCGUUUAGUGACAUGGUAUAUAGUAUGGGAUCAGGAAUAGUGGUAAUUCCUCUAAUCUCGCUCAUGGAGACUAUUGCGAUUUGUAAAGCUUUUUCAAACGGAAAGCCAGUCGACGCUACGCAAGAACUAAUCGCCCUGGGAAUUGGAAAUAUUGCAAACUCAUUCGUUCAAGGACUUCCAGUUGCUGGUGCCCUUAGUCGCGGUGCUAUUAACAAUGCCAGUGGUGUUAGGACGCCAAUGGGAAACAUUUAUACUGCGGCGUUAGUAAUAUUGGCCCUGGUAUUCUUCACACCAUAUUUCUUCUUUAUUCCAAAAUCAUCACUGGCUGCCAUAAUCAUCUCCGCAGUUGUUUUCAUGAUUGAAGUUAAAGUAGUCAAGCCCAUGUGGAGGACUAAAAAAAGUGAUCUUAUCCCUGGACUUGGAACAUUCUUCGCCUGCUUGAUGCUGCCUUUGGAGAUUGGAAUUCUCUCAGGAAUUGGCCUGAACAUGAUCUUUAUUCUGUACCACGCUGCCCGGCCCAAUAUUACAGUUGAAACCCUAACAACACCAGGUGGUGCUGAGUAUCUUAUGAUUACUCCCGACCGUUGCUUGAUAUUCCCUUCUGUCGAUUACGUUCGAAAUUUGGUAACGAAGCAUUCACUGCGACAAAAUCUCCCGGUAGUCAUCGAUUGCACUCACGUCUAUGGUGCUGACUUCACCGCCGCAACCGUAAUCGAGAACCUGACACAGGAUUUUUCAAAAAGAGGACAACAUUUGUUCUUCUAUAACCUAAAGCCAAGUGUAUGCACAGUAUUUGAAGGAUUAUCUCCAGUGGAUUUCACGGUCUAUUACCAAGAGCAACAAUUGGAUGAACUACUCCACAGAAAGGAUAAAAAGCUGGCACAGUUAGUGGAGGUAUGAGGACAAGAACUAUGGGAAAUGUCCAUUCCAAGGAAACCACUACAUUUGCCAGUUUUGUACAAUUUUGUAAUUAAGGAUUGCCAAUCUUGUAUUUACCAAAAUUAUUUAUGUUGUAAAGUCCGAUGAUGGCAAAGCUUAUUUAUUAACCCUAUGUGUGGUGAUAUGUCAUUAUCAAAGGAGUGAUAUUUUAAAGAAGCAUGUAUAUCCUACAGAUACGGUGCACAUGAAAAGACGUCUAAACCCUCGUUCAGUACUCAGCACAGAAAGAAGUAUUUAUGUUUAUUUAUUCAAAGUUAUUUAAGAUACAUACAACUAUCUAUCUUGAUCGAUUUCAUACGGUUCCUAGUCGACGUUAUCAGUAGAAUCUAAUAUUUAUAAAUCAUUGUAAUCGGUACUUACUGGAACUACUGAAAUGACUUGACGAGCGUCGAAAUAGUUGAUUCUAUUUUCAUAAUUUACUAAAGUAAGCCCCGCAAGAUAGAUGUCUUGUAUAAGCAAGGCUCAUGAAACGUACUUACAAAUAAUUUUAAAGUUUCUGAUUCAUACUCACCUUCUACUAAACGAACUUGGUAUUGAGACUACUAUGAUGUAAAAGAAAAAGAAAUUAUUUAAAAAUAAUUAUAAAUAGAUUUCGAAAGGACCCUUACCUAAGUGAUUGUAUUAUUGCAAGUUCACCAACGAUUUUGCGUAGAUCAGAAGGUAUAUUUAAUAUUUAAAGCUAUUUCCUGUAGAUUUACAAGUAAAAGUGCUCAUGGAAUUAGGCAAUAAGCAGACAGUAUAAAAGCAAUUGUAAGAUAACAGAUAUUUGUACAUUGUGUAAAUAAAAUAAACUGUGAUACACAUAAGGCAGACAAAA